AUGUUGUAUGGGCGGAAAUAUAGGACUCCUAGUUGUUGGUUAGAAUCUGGUGAAAAGCAGUUUGUUGGGCCGGAAAUCGUUCAGAUAACUGAUGAUAAAGUGAAUAUUGCUAAAGAAGCGCUUAAGGUGGCAAGAGAUCGUCAAAAGACUUAUGCAGAUCAAAAGAGACGGCCUAUGGAGUUCAAGGUUGGUGAUAUGGUUAUGUUGAAAGUGUUGCCUUGGAAGGGUAUCAUUUGUUUUGGUAAGCGUCGUAAGUUGAGUCCUCGUUUUAUUGGACCAUUUAAAAUUUUGGAGCAGGUUAAUCAACAAGCCUAUAGAUUGGAUCUUCCUCCCGAGUUAGAUGGUAUUCAUAACACUUUCCAUGUGUGUUAUUUGAGAAAGUGUUUAGCGGAGGAGAUGAGUGUAUUUCCUUUGGAAGACAUUAACAUUGAUCCAAAGAAGAAGAUGGUGGAUGAACCUUUUGAGAUUCUUGGCCGAAAACAAAAGAAGCUUCUUAGGAAGAUAAUUGAUCUUAUGUUGAUUAAGUGGACACAUAAUAAAGGAGAGAUCUUGACGUGGGAGACUGAAGCAGUGAUGAGGGAUCGUUACCCGCAUUUAUUUGUUGCAGAGUAG